UAUAGUAAACUGAUUUAUGAACAGCUCGAGCUCUAAUGUGGCAAUAUUAUUCCAUAGAAUUGGGAAUUAGAAUACCAGUAAUUAUUAGUAAUUUAAUAAUACAAUAAUGUUAUAAUAGGACCUCUAUCGAUUCUUCUCUCUGUAUCGUGGGCACGAGCAGAUGCGCGUUAACGGCAUUAGUCGGAUUCCGUUAAGAUGGCCGCCUCCAGUGCAGUGAUAUCAAUGUCCAAAAUCAUUCAACCCAUUUGGGGUGGACGGUUGGCAACGACAGCAAAAGUAUUUGGAGCCACAGUGAGCAGUCGCAGAGAGAAGUCAACAGUAGGACAAAUCAUUCCCCCUCCUGCGAAGUAUGGUGGCAGACACACUGUAACUCUGAUACCUGGAGAUGGUAUUGGACCAGAACUGCUCAAUCACGUAAAGGAGCUCUUCAGGUUCAGCUGUGUACCUGUGGACUUUGAGGUCGUGAAUGUCAGCUCAGCUACCGAGGAUGACAUCAACAACGCCAUCACAGCCAUCCGCCGUAACGGAGUGGCCCUCAAAGGUAACAUUGAGACCCUCCACACCCUGCCUGCUUCCCACAAGUCCAGAAACAAUCUCCUCCGCACCAGUCUGGACCUGUAUGCCAACGUCAUGCACUGUAAAUCCCUCCCUGGAGUUCAGACUCGCCACAACAACAUUGACAUCAUGAUCAUCAGGGAGAACACUGAGGGAGAGUACAGCAGUCUGGAGCAUGAGAGUGUAUCAGGGGUGGUGGAGUGUCUCAAGAUCAUCACCCGGACUAACUCCCUGAGAAUUGCUGAGUAUGCCUUUAAAUUGGCCCGGGAGAAAGGUCGCAAGAGGGUCACUGCAGUUCACAAGGCCAACAUCAUGAAGCUGGGAGAUGGUCUGUUCCUGCAGUGCUGUCGAGAGGUGGCUGCUGGAUACCCUGACAUUGCCUUCGAUGCCAUGAUAGUCGACAACACCACCAUGCAGCUAGUGUCUAAGCCCCAGCAGUUUGACGUUAUGGUGAUGCCCAACCUGUAUGGUAAUGUGGUUAGCAAUGUGUGUGCUGGCCUGGUGGGAGGACCAGGGCUGGUGCCAGGGGCCAACUAUGGCCGUGACUAUGCUGUCUUCGAAACGGCCACCAGGAACACAGGGAAGAGUAUUGCUGACAGGAACAUUGCUAACCCCACUGCCAUGCUACUGGCCAGCUGCAUGAUGCUAGAUCACCUCAAGCUCCACGAUUAUGCCACUAUGAUCAGGAAUGCAGUCCUUACGACCAUGAACGAGACUCAGUUGCACACAGCUGACAUCGGGGGGCAGGGCACCACCUCUGAGGUGGUUCAGGCGAUCAUGAGAAACAUCCAGAGCAAGGGGCCUCUCACCAGCGAGCUCUGAACACGCAUUUCGACCACACACAUCAAGUCAAUGCUGUUGGAUAACAUACAAAUCCUUGGUGUGUCUCGUAUAUUUGACCAACUGUGUGCCGUAUGAGAGAGUGGGCGUGUGUUUGUGCAUGUUUAUUUCCAUAGUAAUGCGCCUCCGUUGAGCGGUUCAGUCUUGCCUGUAAACACACACACACCAUGCACACACACACACACCAUGCACACACACACCAUGCACACACACACACACACACACACACCACACACCAUGCACACACACACACC